GUAGCAUUCGAAAGUUGCAAUCGCGUUAUUAUUUUAGGAGUCGUCUAAAAAUAUUAAGAAAAACGCAAUCGAUUCGAGUGGAUGUAGGUGGCAGCAGCGUCGCGAUUCCGAUUCAAAUCGUUAGCGGCUGAGGGUGGGAAUUCAAAAAGUUCGCGGGGGUUGCGAUAUAGCGCUUUUAUUGAUUUACACGGCGAAGCUGUUACACCCACCGGAGGGGAACGCUAUUGUUGGUUGAAAUCUGCGCCUUUCGCGCUUGAUAUCUUAUCAAGUUGCUCAGUGUAUUAAAUAACGUUGAAAGUAGAGUUUGUUCAAGGAUUCCCCUGGAAAAAUGUCAGGUGACAAGAGCGACAGGGACUACAUCGGAUUCGCAACGUUGCCGGACCAAGUCCACCGAAAAUCCGUCAAGAAGGGUUUCGACUUCACCUUGAUGGUCGUAGGCGAAUCCGGCCUUGGCAAGUCGACGCUCAUCAACAGCCUGUUCCUCGAGGACCUAUACAAGAGUCGAAUCAUACCCGAAGUUGACGCGAAGAUUCAACGCACGACCACCAUCGAGAAGAAAACGAUGGAAAUCGAAGAGAAAGGUGUUAAACUAAGACUGACAAUAAUUGAUACUCCAGGAUUUGGGGACGCGGUAAACUGCGAGGACAGCUGGAAGGUUUGCACGAAUUACAUCGACGAGCAGUUCAAGCAGUAUUUCACGGACGAAAGCGGUUUAAACAGGAGAAAUAUACAGGAUAACCGGGUGCACUGUUGUUUAUAUUUCGUACCGCCGUGGGGACACAGUUUAAGACAAAUGGAUCUGGAAUUAAUGAAGCGCUUGCAUCGGAAAGUCAACCUGGUGGUGGUAAUCGCAAAGGCGGACACGUUAACGGCGACAGAAAUCGUCAAGCUCAAACAGAACAUCCUGAAUGACAUCCGAGAGAACGCGAUACAGAUGUACGAAUUUCCCGAGUGCGAUAGCGACGAGGACGAGGACUUCAAGCAGCA